AUGAAUUACUUAAUCUUCCAACCAAUGAUGCUAUACUACGAAAUAAACUUAAAAUUAUCCUAAUUUAUAAACUUCAUAUAAAAUUUUGGGAUUAUUUUCAAUUAUCAUAAUAGUAAAUAUUUAGAUAUUUCAGAAAAGUUUUUUUAUUAAUAAAAUUCAUGAUAAAUAGAAAAAAUCAACUAUUUUUGUGAUUAUUAAAUGAAGGAAGCUAAUAGUCUUCCUUAUUUUAUUGGCAACUAAGGGUAAAGACCUCGAAUGCCAUCUAUCUGUUUGCCCAGAUAUUAGAGUAAUUUUAAUUUAGAAAGGGAAUCACAAAUGUGAUCCUGGGUGCAUGACUUCAUGCUGCAACUUUGACUCAAUGCUAAGUACUGAUGGAAAAAUUAACAAAGAAAAUUCAGACUGCUAUGAGACUUGCACAAAUUUUGACGGCUGUAGCCCAGAAAAACUUGGAAAUGGGAUAUGUGAUGAUUCUUGUAAUACAGAAAACUGCGGAUUUGAUUGAGGAGAUUGCACUUGUGCUCCUGGCUGUUUAGACUCUAUGCUCGGAGAUGGAAACUGUGAUGAAGCUUGCAAUAAUUGAGACUGCGACCUUGAUAAUCACGAUUGUGGGCUUUGCGCAGAUGGAUGCUUUCCAAUUAUGCUUGGAAAUGGAGUUUGCAACCCAGAAUGCAAUAAUGAAGGUUGUUUAUAUGAUUACAAAGAUUGUCAAUGCGCAGAAAAUUGCUUAUGGACUGAUUAUGGAAACUGCAAACCCGAAUGCAUGGUAGCAAGCUGCAACUAUGGCAAUAUGACUCAAUAUCCAGAUAAUCAAUGCCAAAACACCUCUUUAGCUAUUUUUUCUUCUUAUCAACAGAUUAUACGUAACAACUUUUCUUAUAUUGUGCAUCUAGAAGACUGCUAUGAAGCGUCAAACCACGAAUGCACUCUCGAAAAAGCUUUUGAUUUUGAAAAUUGUUAUCAAGAAUGUUAUAGCGCCUUCCUAUAGAUGGCGCGCAAUGCACCAUCACCGGGCCAUGUCGGGAGAGGGUUCUCCACGAGGAAUGGUUCCACGUGUGGAACCUCUUUUUCUACGAGCCAAAAAGAGGGUUCCACACGUGGAACCAUUCCUCGUGGAGAACCUUCUCCCGACAUGGCCCGGUGAUGGUGCAUUGCGCGCCAUCUAAUAGAAUUCACUAUAUAUUUUUGAGUGCAACUAUGCAAAUGGAAACUGUGAUUAUGCCUGAUACUCUUCAUGAUGCAAAGGCGUGCUUCUGAAUUCUGAGGAUUUUUGAUGUAUAUCUUGUAUAAGAGAAUGGUUUGAUACACCUUAUACUAACACCUGAUUUGAUGGUAAAUGCGCGUUGGCUCCAUCAGCAUAUACCGUUCCAUCACUUUUUCCAGAUAACACUUUUGUAGUUGUUUCUUUUAUUGAUAUAGAAAUAAAAUAGUGACUUUGAUGGAAAUAGGGCUUCGAGGCCACUACCUAUGAGUAGGUAGGACUUAUCCUGAUGAAGCUGAAAGCAAGAGCAUCUGUUCCUCUUAUAGUAAGUCUUCAGGCUUCGAGAUACCCUGCCAGGAAGUAUGGCAUCAUUAUAAUCUUUUUCUGGAGCUGCCCUGGAGCCGAGACAUAAAUAAAUGUUCAUGUAAGCAUACUCGGCCGAAAUAGAGUACUUAAAUUAAGUUAUUAUUUCUCUAAGGUAAGAUUUUGGGCCUGGGAUAGGAUGGCUGGCGAGACAGACUGGCAUCAAGAAUAAUGGGGCGAAGACUGGGCAGUGUAAGCUGCACAAUCUCUGCGUCAUUCAGAGUUGGCAGAGAGGUGGAUUGUAAAGGCAAUGGAAGCAAUUCUACAGCUCAUCAGUCUCCGACAGAGUAGAUGCAUGUUAAUUGGUUGUAAUCGUAUUGAAGGCGGGUGACAACCGGCUUGAGUAGCGAAAAUAAAUUACCAUGUUUUCUCUAAGGGUGGAUCAAGACCUUAAGAUCUAGCACGGUUAGCUUUGGCUCCGCCAUAAAAUGGUCUUAGAACCCCUAAAUAAGCAUAUAUGUAUAUCCUAGAUCUGAGGCAGGGCGUACGGCUAGUGUGUUGCUAAAAUGGUCAAAUUCUUAUUUAAUUUAAUUUUAUUGAUACUUCUUCAGCGAAAAUUCCUCAUAUUUACUUUGUAUGUCCUAUUGCAAACUCAGACCCUGAUUCUGGAGAUGGAAGCUACUACUCCCCCUUUAGAUCCUUUUCCUUUGCUACAAAUAGAAUUUCACAUAAAUAUUCAAUUGUUUAUUUAUUGGAAUGUGAUGGAUACAAUUUAACGAUUCCCUAUAAUGGGUUUUCAGCUGACUUUCUUGUAUUUUAUGAUGCAUAUACUUUUGAUGGAAAAAUUGUAAAGUUUACCCCAUUAAAUAACUCAAAAAUAACUUUAAGAAGAAAUCUAGAUGAUAGGGACAGUAAUAACAAUGACCCUUUUGGAUUUUUAUUUAUAAAACCCUUGAGAAUCGAAAUAAGUAACAUAAUUUUCGAUUGAAGCAAUACUGUUUCAACUUGCAAUAAUGAGAGGUAUUGUGAUUAUUGCCCUUAUGUGACAUAUAAUUUAGAAUUAAAUAUUAAAUAUAGUGAUCAAGGCGAAAUUAUUGAUGAUUUCCUUCCUUCAGACUGAUGCAAAAGAGAUGAAGCCCUGAAUUUUAUAGAACUUCGAAAUGGCAAUCUCAUACUUAAAAAUGUAUCUUUUGUGAACUUCCGGAAUGGCUUUAACUCUAUUUUAUAUAUAACAAAUGACAGCAAUGUCACUUUUAGUGAUGUGACCUUUGAUAAUAUAAAAGUAAGCGAUAAUUAUAAUUCGUGAGCUAUAUGAUGGGAUGGGGCAAGUAAAGGAAAUUUUAAAUUUGAAAAUGGAGUGGUAAGUAGGCUUAAUAAUGGAUAUGAGCUAAAUGAUCCUAUAAAUACAAAGGGGUUUAUGAAUGCGACUAACAUUAACUCGAUUGUUUUAAGGAAUAUAGAAUUUAGAAAUAACGCAGUAUUCAAAAACUAUAUAGAAGGUGUGAGAGUUGCCUCACUAUUUUUCAUAAAUUCAUUGCAAGUUCUUUGAGUAGAAUCUUGCAAUUUUAUAUAUAAUUAUUGUGACUUAGGAAUAUUUAAUAUCAAACAGCAAUUGGACAAUUGACCAAUGGAAAUUGAUGAUUCUGGGAUUUUUAUUUACUCGAAACAAAAUCACAUACAUAUUUUCAACUCGAAUUUUUCAUCAAAUUAUGGAAUUACUGCUGGAGUUCUAUAUGCUUUAUAUGAGUUUGAAGGCCAGAAUGUUGUCAUUGAAAAUUGCUCAUUUACUUUAAAUGGGAUUGAAAGUGGAGCUUUAAUACACAUUGAGAGCAAUUAUGCUGAUGAAAGCUAUUUAAUAGAUCGAAAAGUUAGUGUAUCUAUGUCUGAUGGAAGCAUUAUUGAAGGAGACUACUUAGCGAAAAGAGUAAAGCUUUCAAAUUUAAAUUUUACAAAAAACUAUUCUGGAGAAAACGGAGUAAUCGAAAUUUUAAAAAUGGUGAAUAUCGAAUGAGUUAAUAUCAGGAUAGAGUCAAAUGGGCUCAUUUUAUCGGAGGCGAUGAAUGCCAACUCAAUCCUAUUAAAAUAUUAUAUAGAUAAUCCAAAUAUGUAUGCUAAACACAAUGUCAGUAAUCCUACUGAUUUGAACUGUCAGUCCCUUUCAAUGGUAUCAGAUUCUAUUCAUUUCACCAUUGAGAAAGUAAACAUUAUUAAUAACGUUUGCAUGUACUCUUCUCCAAGUAUCAUUGUUUCUAAUACAACCAAGAGUACAGUUAGGUCCACAUCUUUUUAUGAUAAUAAAGGAGCAGGAAAUUAUGGCAUUUGUUUAGCAUUUCUUGGAGACUCACUUUACGAAAUUAUGAAUUCUGAGUUUUAUACAAACAUUAAUUAUCAAUCAGGGAGUCCUGGAGUGAUUAGUUGCCUCUCUAGCUUGUCAAUAAAAAAUUGCACAUUUUCAAAUAAUAUUGGCACUUUAUAUUUUGGAGGCCAAAAUCUUAGCAUUUUUUCUUCCAAUUUUGAUUCUAAUAGUUCUCCUACAUCAAAUGGUGGCGCUAUUUCUCUCUCAAGCGCCCAAGACAGCAUAUAUAAUUCGAUGCUUUUUAUUUCAAAUACAACUUUUGCAAAUAAUUCUUGCUCUUUUAGUGGAGGUGCGAUUUAUAUUGACAGAACCAUUUAUUUGGAUUUGCUAUUAGCUUUAAAUAUUGAAGACACAACUUUUUAUCAUAAUAAAGCCAUCGAUGGCUCUUGCAUCUAUAUAGAUAAUAUCGUGGCACUUACUUUAGAUUCUUCAAUUAAGAAUUGCUCUUUUUGAGCAAAUGAAGCAAGCUUUUCAGGCACUAUUUCUGCCUCUUAUAUAUAUGGAAUAUUGAUUUUUGACACUUGCAAUUUUGUUAGAAACUCAGGAGUUGAUAGUUCAGGAUUUAAUAUAGCUAUAGGUGAAAAUAAAGAAGAAAACCCUUCAAAAUUAAUUCUAAAUUCCUGUAUUUUCCAGUUUAAUUCUGGAAAUAGAACUAUUUCUAUGGAUGAUGGCAAUAUAAACUCUACCUUAGAGGUUAAUGAUUGCUUGUUUGAAUAUAAUAUUGGCUCGAUAUUUACACUUGAUAAUGACUAUGCAAUUGUCGAAAACUCGAAAAUUCAGCACAAUUAUUCUCCUAAUUCUGGUUUAUUCUCCUAA